CCCCGCUGCAGGUGGGCGGCGGCGCGGCGCGAUGAGGGAGGCAGAGCUGAGGAGGCUGCUGGCCGCCAACCUGCUCUGCGCCGUCUCCAUCGUCCUGACGGCACUCGUGCCUGCCUUGUUUCUGGACGGGUUCUCGGUUUUGGGCACGCACCUCACGUGGCUGUGUGUUUGUUCUGUUUGUGUUAGCGUCCUUAACGUAACCUUGUGUUUAAUCCUAAAGCCAAAUCCGUCUUCUAAGAGAAGCUCGCUGUCUAACAAGAUAUCCAGAUUUCUAAAAUGCUGUAUAUACUUUUUCAUGUCUUGCAUACUAUUUCAUGCGAUUAUUGUUCUUUAUGGAGCACCUCUCAUAGAGUCAGUGACUGAGACAUUUUUGUUUGCAGUUCUCUUGUCUACCUUUACUACUUUACAAUGUUUAUGUUUGCUGGGACCAAAUGUACAAGCUUGGAUACGAGUAUUUAGUAGAAAUGGAGCUAUGUCCAUCUGGGAAAACAGCCUACAGAUUACUACAACGUGCAGUAUACUAGGAGGUUGGUUUGGAGCAUUUCCUAUUCCUCUUGAUUGGGAUCGGCCCUGGCAGGUAUGGCCCAUUUCAUGUUCCCUCGGAGCUACCUUUGGCUAUAUGGCUGGUCUGAUUAUUGCACCUCUGUGGAUACACUGGAACCGCAAGCAGCUUACAUACAAAAGCAGAUAACUGGCGCAAAGAGAGACAAGGUAUUUCUUUGUGCAGAUUCCAUACAGACUGUGCAAAAGUUUCUUUUUUGUUGUUGUUUUUUUUGUUUUUUUUUUUCCCCUCUAGAUAUAUCUGUAUAUGUGUAGUCAAAACAGACGACUAUCCAAAUUCAUUUAGAGUAUUACAGGCCAAGCACCUCCACUCAAUAGCAUCAUACAGAUGCUGUUUCAACAUGGUGCAGCUUUUUGCUUCCUCUAGACUAUGUAACCCUGAGAGAUUGUACCUUCCAGUCUGAAUAAAAUAUUUGUAACAGA